GCUGAGACUGAUUUCGGUCUCGAUCGAUUACGACUCGAUUGUCUAACGCAAUUAUAAUUGCAUUUUAAUUUUUUUUUACGAAUAAACAUUCUGUUUUAACUUGGCUUCAAUUUGAUUUAAUCAUUGAUGGUGUAUUGAUAAUGAAGGACAGUACAAUGUCGAUGUCAGAGUCCCAAGAAGAAGAGAGCAGCCCCUCCCAAAAUAUGCAGAUGGAGCUGCACAGCAAAGGAGCUGUUCUGACCAAAGCCUGGUCUGACUUGUUUAGCUUUAUUACGAAAUAUCAGGCAGAGCUGACAGUGAAGGAGAAUACUGUUGAAAUUGCUGAACGGGAGAUUGAUGUACGUAAAAGACAGUUGGAGGAAAUGAAACCGAUGGUGGAUGCAGAGAAUGAGGAGGUAACAAAAUUACAAGAAGAGAUUCGAACCAAGGAAAGACUGCUGAGCAAAUCACAAUCAGAACUUUCUGUGAAAGGGCAGAUGUUACGAAGUGUGCAAUCAGACCUGACCUGCAACAUGGAACUUUUAGAAAAAGCCAGAUGUGAUCUUUUAGAUAGACAAUCAGAACUUGUGCGCAACAGGGGAGACUUAGAACGCUUAAAAUCAGAAUUGACUAUAAAACAGGAACAAAUUCAAAUAAAAGACAAUUUGUUGAGAAAGUUACAAAAUCAGUUGAUGAAAGAAAAUGCUGAACUGAAGGAACAGUUGGAGCUGAAUGAAAGAACCCUCGAAAUGGAACGAAGAUCCCAUGAAAUGACCAAGAGAACACUUAGAGAAAAAUCAAAACCAACUGCCAGUGCUGUGCAGUCUGUGAUAGAGAUUCCAGAUUCCCCGCCAACUUUAGAUCUUUCCGUUGAACAAGAAGAUUACGGCCUCUCAGACAUAAUCUCUGCAGCCGAGGCUCAACGCAAACGACCUUACACAAUGGAUCAGGACUUGCCAACCAAACGUUUUCAUUCCUCCACCCAGGACAGUGCCUUGUCUCGCCUUUCAGCUAUGACUUCAGAGAGUUUCACUGACUUUUCAAGAAGUUCUCAACCAGUGACAUCCGUGACAACUCCAACUAAACUACAGUGGUCUAUGCCAUCUCCCACUGCCACUUCACCUCGGCAAGUUUCACAGUCAAGAACACCUACUCAAAUGCCUUCUAGUCCUUCCUUCCAAGAACCAUCCGCACAAAGUGACAGUUUCAAUGUUGCUGCCACAUCUGCCAGUGAUACUUUCUUUCCAUUAAGUGUUUCACAAACUGAGGAGGACUCGAAAGCAGGUAUUGACACAUCUGCUGGUGCUAUGUAUACGGACACUGAAAUGCAGGGAUCAGGACAAUAUAUGCCUGGAACACCUGGAAGUUCUGGGACAAGUGACAGUAAUCAGGGGCCCCCUGUCCCCAUAUCCGGGCCUAUUCAAAGUACCGGAAUUUCACCUGGUGGUGGCAUGUCACCAGGGGGAUCAACACAAGAAGGAGCUGAUGGAAAGUAUGGUGCUCAGUUAAGGAACUGCCUACAAUGUGAAAACUGUGGUAACCUCUCUGCCAUUCCUCCAAACAUGGGCCUGUUCAUGAUGUCACAGCCCGGGGAGUUAAAAUGCGAGUCUUGUGGUCAGCCAUUUUGUUUGAAGAAGUUUUAUGGACCUCCUAAAAAGAGGACAAGAGUUGAAAUCACCGCCAGACAAAAACAGGAAAUCUGCCAAUUCCGGAUGGAAAAUGCUAGUUUGUCCCAAGAAGAGGUCCGACAACACUUCAUUUCUAAUUGGGGAAUAGCUCUCGGAAGGUCAACAGUUCAUGACAUCAUAAAGAACAGUCAUAGAUGGUUGUCCAUUCGACCAGAAACUGUUUCUAUGGACAAGUCUCGGCUCCGAACUUGCCAAGUUCCUGAGCUGGAGGCAGUACUCUCCACUUGGAUCCAUGAUGUCCAUGCCCAUGGCUUUCAACCUGAUGGGGGCAUGAUAAUUGAAAAGGCCAAGAGGUUGGGGAAGGAGUUGGGUGUAGAAAAUCUUUCGUAUUCCCAUGGGUGGCUUUAUAGGUUUAAAAAGCGUCAUGGUAUUUUGAAAUCAAAGAAACAAGUAAACAAAUCAGGAGCUGAUACGAAGUUUGGAAUUCCCACGGGAAUUGGCACCAGUGUAGCUCUUGCCCACACUGCGAUGUUAGAUACAAGUGUUCUCCGAGAACCUGGAAUCCUCGGAACAAAUCAAGACCAGGGAGACACUCACAUUGAUGUUGGUCAUGUAGCACAGGCCAUUCCCAGUGGCAGUGCAUCUAAUCUUGGUAUUUCCCGGGAAAAUGAUGCAAACAGCGGGGUUCAUGUUCCGGAGGAUGCUCAAGGGCGUGACUUCGGAGGUGAUGAAGACACGGGAGAAAGGAGAGAAGGUUCUCAAGUUGGAGAAAAAACACAAGAGGACUCUCAGCCCAGUGAUCUUGAAGUCUCUGCCAGUUGUUCUGUUCACAUUGAAUGAGCUUGAUCCAUUAUUUUUUUCAGAUUUCUUGAUUUUCCUUGCUUUUAGGGUCUCCUGGGGUCUCUUUGGUUGAAGUUCUCAGAUAUGUUCGCACGUUUCACAAGCUUGUUUCUGACUCCAAGGCAACUUCUGUUUCUGGUGUUAUUUUAUGUAUAUUUAAUAUCUUGCAUAAGUAUUUGGUUAUGUCCAGACGCAAGGACCCAAUGCGCCGCAUAGCAGCAAAAUAGCGAAGCAGGCGAAACAUUUAUAACGGGUUAUGGACUUAUAGCGCAAUUGUGGGGUUGUAUCUAUUUUGCUGUAUAUUGUCACGAGGAAAGAAAAGCACGCAACCUCAUGCCAACCUAUUUAUGUAAAGUGAUAAUAUGAAGGUAUAUAGUUCAGGAAAUGUUAAUAAAAAUCAUUCCAUAUCGUCUUUUGAGAGCAUUUUUAAUUGUAAAAAAUAUAUGCCUACGUCACAGAGUGUCUGCAAUGGUCAUUUUUAUCACAGAAGUCUCGCGCAGCCAGAAGUUCUUCACUUAUUAGUCAAUAUUAGUCUGGCGCAUGCCAGACCUUCUUUGUACGAAACGUUUUCCAGCACGAUAUAGGUGGGCAGAAGCAACACUGCGCAAGAUUACCUCGAGCAGGGGCUAAUAAUAGAUUAUGCUAAUGAGCAUACCUUCCUCAUUAAGUUUUCACAGAAUAGUCCAUAACGCGUGAAGCUCGGGACGGCAUGGUUCUCUUAUUGCAUGUAUAGAGCAUUUUUAAUUUGUUAAAUGUAUAUGCCUACGUCACAGAGUCUCUGUAAUGGUAAUUUUUAUCACAGUAGUCUCGCACAGCCAGACCUUCUUCACUUAUAAGUCUGGCGCAAGCCAGGCUAAAGCACAGUCAACCGACACCAGUAUACCCCCUCACACUCAGAAACCACAAACGUCCACCCCUUCUUGCUACCUUAAUACUUCUAGGUGGUGUAGGGGUAUUUGUGUUCCGAGCACGGUAGUUGGACAUUGUUGAGUCAGAAGUGUGAUAUUUACCGCCUCAUUCGCAAUCAUACUGCAGAAGGGCCAUGUUGUAGUGAUUUUUGUGGCAGGACAAUUCUCCAAUAGAAUGACUCUACACGUAUAUUAUAUAAUAUAUAUAUACGGUAUAUUAUCUAACGCAUCGUUUUAUUGCGUGUCUUGCCUUUUCUGUCCAAUGGCCACAAUUGAUGCGAUGAAGAUGUUUCAGUCAACACUGAUAGUUGGCGGUCCAAGAAUAUAAUUUUGCCAUUAUCAAAAUGUACAGAAAUACGACAGUGCAGGGUAAGCAUCCCUCCAACACUCACAUCUUUGGAAAUGUACACUUCUUUGCAUGCCUUGACACAUGAUGUAAAUAUUCUGAACGCUUCAAACUUGUAUCCUCAUCAGUAUGUGUGAUUACCGGUAUAGUUAUCAUGAUCAUAG